AUGAAUUACACGCGUGUCCGAAGGCGCGUCAUAGAAACGAAAAAGAAAGCUUUAGAAUUUCCGCAAACCGACAAGUCACGCUCGUGGGCAUUUCAACGGUUUAAAUGUGUCGUUGUGAGACACCCACCUAGCACCGAAAAAUUGGGCGACGAGGAGCGCAAGAGCUCUGGCAAUCAAAUUGGAGGCUUUGUGUUUGCAGAGGAUGGCUCUCCACCAACAGGCCCUGCGUGGUUCUUUGCGGAGGUUCCCGCCAAUCCCGCGUUCAUUGACGGCGUGGCGAGCCGCGACGUGAUUCUCGACAAGGAUCGGGGGCUGUGGGUGAGAGUUUUCCGUCUGGAAGAGCUGGAGAACCGCACGCUGCCCAUCGUCAUCUUCUACCACGGGGGAGGAUUCGUCUACAUCAGCGCCGCAAAUGCGAUCUUUCACAGAUUUUGCGAGGCCCUGUCCAGGAAGCUGGGAGCGAUCGUUGGUGUCUGUGAAUUACCGCCUAGCUCCGGAGCACAGGCUCCCGGCGGCCUACGACGAUGGCUCCUCAACUGGGUCCGAGAGAUCGCCAAGAGCAGCAGCGAUCAAGACGCUUUCGCUCACGCGGAUUUCUCCAAGAUCUUCGUUAUGGGCGACAGCGCCGGGGGAAAUCUCGCAGCCCGCGUGGCAUUGCGCGCUGCCCAGGAUGGAAUCCCGCUCGCCGGCCAGAUCCUCCUCCAGCCCUUCUAUGGAGGCACGUCCAGGACCGAGUCGGAGCUCAGGCUCGGGUCCUCCGACCCAAUGAUCACGCUACGCAUCACCGAUUUUUGCUGGCUGGCGGCGCUCCCCGAGGGAGCGGUCGACCGCGAUCAUCCAUUUUGCAACAUGACGCUGGAAUUACCUGGAGAUCUCGCGAGAUUGGGGGCCAGGGGACUGGCGAGAGCGCUAGUGGUGGUGGGCGGCAAGGAUCUCCUCCACGAUCACCAGGUAGAGUUUGCAAAGAUCUUAGAAGACGCUGGCAAUGCCGUGAAGCUCAUCGACUAUGAAAACGCUUCCCAUGGAUUCUACCUCGUGGGGGACGAUAGCUGCCAGGAAUCCGUCCUUGUCUUGGACGAAGUCGCUAGCUUCUUGCGAGAGUGA